ACCUCCCGCCGCCCGCCCGCCCCCUCGGGACCAGAACAGGCUGCGUUCCUCCUGGAACGCGCCGCCGAACCCGAACCAGCCUCCUGGUGACCGCCGCCCCGCGUUCGGUCCUCAUUCCCCUCGCCGGCCCUCGCCGCGCCCCGCAGGCCCGCCCCGCUCCGGUGCCAGAAAACAACUCCAUCUGUCACCAUGGCCUCGCAUCCAGCGCUAACCCCGGAGCAGAAGAAGGAGCUUUCUGAUAUAGCUCACCGAAUUGUGGCUACAGGCAAGGGCAUCUUGGCUGCAGAUGAGUCCACUGGGAGCAUUGCCAAACGCCUGCAGUCCAUUGGCACUGAGAACACUGAGGAGAAUCGCCGCUUCUAUCGCCAGCUUCUGCUGACAGCUGAUGACCGCGUGAACCCCUGCAUUGGGGGCGUCAUCCUCUUCCACGAGACCCUUUACCAGAAGACAGAUGAUGGACGUCCCUUCUCUCAAGUCAUCAAAGCUAAGGGUGGUGUUGUGGGCAUCAAGGUAGACAAAGGCGUGGUACCACUGGCAGGAACAAAUGGCGAGACUACCACCCAAGGGCUUGAUGGGCUGUCUGAGCGCUGUGCUCAGUAUAAGAAGGAUGGAGCUGACUUUGCCAAGUGGCGCUGUGUGCUGAAGAUUGGAGAAAACACUCCCUCCCCUCUUGCCAUUAUGGAAAAUGCCAAUGUUCUGGCACGUUAUGCCAGCAUUUGCCAGCAGAAUGGCAUCGUGCCCAUCGUGGAGCCUGAGAUCCUACCUGAUGGGGACCAUGACCUGAAGCGCUGUCAGUACGUGACUGAGAAGGUGCUGGCCGCCGUGUACAAGGCUCUGAGUGACCACCACAUCUACCUGGAAGGCACCCUACUGAAGCCCAAUAUGGUGACUCCAGGCCACGCCUGCACCCAGAAAUAUUCUCAUGAGGAGAUUGCCAUGGCAACUGUCACUGCACUGCGCCGUACUGUGCCCCCAGCAGUCACUGGAGUCACCUUCUUAUCUGGAGGCCAGAGCGAGGAGGAGGCAUCCAUCAACCUCAAUGCCAUCAACAAGUGCCCCCUGCUGAAGCCAUGGGCCCUGACCUUCUCAUUUGGCCGAGCCCUGCAGGCCUCAGCCCUGAAGACCUGGGGUGGAAAGAAGGAGAACCUGAAGGCUGCCCAGGAGGAGUACAUCAAGCGAGCCCAGGCCAAUAGCCUCGCCUGUCAAGGAAAGUACACUCCCAGUGGCCAGAGUGGCUCCGCGGCCAGCGAGUCCCUUUUCAUCUCCAACCAUGCCUAUUGAGUGGGAUGCUUGAAGACGUCCCCUCAGCAUCCAGGCUGCCCCUCAACACUCCAGGCCUCCCCCACAGCCACUCUUGAAGAGGGGAAUUCACCUUGGGCACUAGGCUGCUCUUUCCCAUCACUCCUGCCUUCCUUGUGAAUCAGUGCGUGGUGUUGUCUGUGUUUGCUGAUUCCAUCGCUCUUUCCAGCCCACUGCCAAUAAACAGCUGUUCAAGGGG